AUGAACAUACUGCUGCAUCCUGUUGUUGUGGUUUUCUCAUUGAUAAGUUUGCCUUUGGUCGUUGUGUGUCUGGAUCUUGUUCCAGUCCAGUUCGAGAAGACACCGGUGCUGGUGGCAUCAGGGAGAGAUGCCGUCUUUACAGUACAGACGGUGUCUGAUGUGUCCCUCAUCAGAUGGAGCGAUAGCACAGCGACUACGCUGGCGAUGUGGGCGAACGGGAGCCCGGUCGUAAUGUCCGUCCAGCAGUACCAGGGCAGAAUCUCUGUCACCGCCACUCAGCUCAAAAUCACCAACAGCCAGAUCCGUGAUUCUGGAAACUACAGCGUCUCGGUCGAACCCUCGUCUACCACUGGACUCAGUGUGAACACCCGUACAGUGCCGCUCAAGGUCUUUGAUGCUGUGAACGGAGUUGUUUUGUCCCUGCCGUCUCUGCCGCUGGAAGGUGGGAACGUGUCUCUGAGUUGCAGCUGGUCUGCGGGUUCAGAGGUCAGUGUGGUUUGGGGUAAAGGAGGCGCUGCGCUUUCCUCUGACAGCCGCAUUACUAUCAGCGCUGGAUCUCUGCUCAUUAAACAGGCCAGGAGAGACGAUGCAGGAGAAUACACAUGCACCGUCAGCAACGCCGUCAGCGCUCAAACCGCCAAGACCACCCUCAGCGUCUACUAUGGUCCAGACGCCCCACAGUUGACUAAGACCUCAAGUGAGUGUGUUGGCGGGGGAGAUGCUACGGUGGGACAGACGGUGCGUCUCACCUGUACGUCUGCCUCUCUACCUCCUGCCUCCUUCUCAUGGGAACUUAACGGCCAGCCGGUGACCACCGGCCAAUCAGGGAGUGGUGUGCUGAGUCUGCAGAUCUUCUCCUCCAAUCAGAGUGGCCGUUACAUCUGCAUUGCACGGAAUGACAUCACAGGAGGGACAUCGAAGCAGCAGAUAGACCUGGCCAUUGUGGGUACGUGUCUCAGCGGAGGAGCCGUAGCAGGGAUCGUUGUUGCCUGUGUUGUUGCACUCAUCAUAAUUAUUGUUGUAAUUAUUUUGCUUCUGCGACAAAGAAACGUUGAUCGGAGACUCAGAGAUACUAUUGGACUUCAGAAGACAAACCAGAAUGAAGGAACCACAAUUGCAAACAGAGCUCUUGUCAAUGAAAACCACCAUGAUCCCACAUUACACAACUCACUCCCACAAAACUUCACUGCCGUUCCCAAUAACAACAAUGGGAACAUAAACACAAUGUCACAAAUCAUGCCCAGCAACUCCAACCCACUCCAUCAUAAUGGCCAUCUGCACACCGAUGCAUUCCAACGCAACUUCAGUACAGUCCCAGACAAUGGGCAUCAAAGCAAUUCAUAUCCAAACAAUGACCCUCAGAGGUCGUUCCCACAGCCUGUCCAACACAAUCCCAAUAUUCUCAUACAAACGGGCAGUUCUCAGCCUGGUGCGCUUGCCCAUACAGUUCAUGUAAACCUCAACACCUUGCCACGAACUGACCAGUUUAAUAAUUCACAACCUCAAACGGUGCAUGUCAACUUGAACACAUACCCUCCAGAAGCAAAUCAGGUGGUCCAGCAACAUGCAGACCAUGGAGAAAGUGCACUACAGAGUCAACAUACUAACGCCAACCAUCAAAAUCAUUCUCAGACUGGCUUGCUGAACUCUGACCCUUUGAGAUUGGGUAAUCAAACACAAACAAUGCUCAAUAAUGCUUCAUCAAAUGGUUCUCGUCAGCCCAACAGCCUCAUUCAGACUGGAUACUCGCACCCUACCAACCAAACCAAUGCAAACCGCCAAACUGCCAACUCAAGAUCAUCAGCAGAAGAGCGAAGUCGACGUUCAAACCCCCUUCAGACCAACAACCAGUUCAAUGACUCCAGAGCGCACCUCCAACAGAUGCCUUUGGACCGUUUGCAGGGAACGCCGGCGUAUCCCAACCCCGAAGUCUAUAGUUCAGACAGUAGUGGAUCUUCAGAUUGGCCACAACGAGAUGCACGGAGGGAUCGUUCUGGUCUGAGAUAUCGGGAAACUGAACCUUUGGGAAGGUUGACCCAAGCUGCUCCUCCCCAAAGAAGAGACCUCCAGAGACCAAUCGUGCUCAACAACUCUCAAUUGGACCCAAAUGUGCAGAGGCAAGUGGUCCAACAGAAUUUAAGCACCCAACCGCAAGUCCAAUCUCAAAUCCAGACCGCAAUACCUCAAACCCAAACCUCUCAGGGUCAGACUCCAAUCCCCAUUGGUCUACCAAGGGGAACGAUCAUACCUGAAACACAAACUGGCACCAGACCAAAUCAGACCGUGCCUCAGCCAUCCAUUCCUCUCACUGAGGCUGCACUACGCCAACACACCGCCCAGACCGAUAACCCUUUCGCCAAUUGGAUCCAGCAGUCUCAAGCUGCCUUGCAGAACCCUGGACCUUCUCAACCCAUCCAGCAGCUUAACAAAGUGGGCCAGAUGCCUCCUACUCCACCUCCGGUGCUGCGGCCGGACGAGUUCCAGAAACUUCCGCGUGAACGCAUGCAGCAGCCGCGCACCAUCCAGCCUGUGACCGUGCAACGUAGACACAGAUCUCCAAACGUGCACAAGCAGACUCGAGUGUUGCAUACGAGCCCUCAGCGAAUGCCAGGAGUGCAUCCCAUGCAUGCAACCAUGCAUGGACACCCAACACACAUGCGACAGGUCCACAGAGGCAGACCCAGACGUUGAGAAAAUGCAGCGCUCGUCUGGCUCGACGCUAUUUGCACUGUGAAAAACUUUCGUACACAGCACAAUGUCUCUGUGGUGGAAAGAAACAAACGCUCAGCCAUUCCUCCGGCCCUCGGCUUAUUGUGCCGUACAAAUCUUUGUGUUUUGUCGGAGAGACCGCAUUAUUGAUAAAAAGACUGAUCUUUUUGUUUCUCCUGCACAGCUGUCACGUAGGCAUGUGAAAGCCGCGGCUGUUGAACAGGACACUGUGUGAAUUUCAUCCGUCGGAACAAUGCUGCUUUGGGAUUUUUCUUGUGCUCAAGUGUCUGAAAAUAAAACACAAUGCAGUGUUUUUCCACAGACAGGAAGACUUGAACAAAAUCCAAAUGAAUUAGGAUGGCUGGCAGAGCUUGAACUACUAAAUGAUAAAUAAUGGACUGCCACUGUUUGUCCUCUUGCAACUAUUUAUUCAGCUUUCUGCUCACAGAUGCUUCUUGUAGCGCCGCUCAAUUAGUGCGAUCUGCUACGGUGCUUUUGUGGAUGGAUUACGCAUUUGAGUAUGAAGGAGACCCACCUAACGGACGUGUACUUAAUGAAGCUCUUUAAUUUUUAUGUUAAUGAUGUGGAAAAUGCUAAUGAGUUUAAGUAAAAUAGGUUGUUGACAGGCCUUGCAAAAAUAUGAUGAAAAGCAAAUGUUUGGUCAGAUGGUAUACUUUGAG